ACGCCGGUAAUGAGUUCUUAUACUAUAACCGCGGCGACACCGACAACAAGCACAAUAUCAACCAUAACAACAACGGGGACGACGGCAGCGGCAGCAGCGGUUACAGCGACGACGACGGCUACGUCGGCAACAACAACGGCGCCGGCGGUUGCCGUGUCGCCCGAAGCUGCACCUGGUUGGAUAGAAUUCUGUGAGAGACACGCCCGCGCUUCAGCUUCUGAUUUCGCCAAGGCUUUCUGUACCUAUGUCAGUUUAAACCUACCCGAAAGCGCCAGAUCCAAUCUCUCUCACCGUGACUUUUUAAGAAAAUUCGUCGAGAGCUUCUGCGAACACUUCGAGAGCGAAUACCUCCGUCGCACAGUCAGGUCCCCAUCCUUGUACAACACAAGGCACAUUGCUAACGAUAGAGACAUCAAUGUCAUAAGUCAAAAUAAUAAUGCACCCAUUCGUGCUUCAUCACAUGAAGAAUUCAGUGAUUACUUUGAACACGAUGGAGAUGCUAUAUCUCCGAAGCCUGCUCACAAACCCUUCUUCCGUCGUCUGUCUUUUAAAGGACUUAAAAAGGGUAAAGGUUUCUUUCAUAAACAACAAAGCGACGAGGUGGAAUUAUCUCAUAGCGAGCAUCGUAGGGAUAAACAUUCGAAAACUAAGCUUUCAAAGAUUGUGGUCGAAUGUAGAAAAGAAGGUAUCGUUAACUCCUUAAUGGGAGAGAAUAUCGAUGGUACGCAGAAAUGGGAGAAGUCUAGACUUGCCUUGAUAAAAGCGAUUGGUGGAUAUAUGUUAGAAUUCUAUUCUCCUCCGAAAGCGGUGAAACCGCGUAGCGGUGUAUUCUGUUCUGCGAUAACCGAAGCUAGAGAAACAACUGCUCUGGAGAUGCCAGAUCAUGAAAAUACGUUUGUAUUGAAGACACAGAAUAUGGAAUUUGUAAUAGAAGCUCAUGACUCAAAGGACAUGAGGUCGUGGCUAGCCACUAUUAAAUAUUGUAUGCGCACAGUACAACAGAGUUCCAUGAAUCCAAGUUCUGGAGCAGAUGCUACAGGAGAUUCUAUAGGGCAUGGUUUGUUAGCUAUUGGAAGCGACGGAGAUCGAUUGAGGGCAAAUUCUGCGAGUAAGGGUACUCGAUCGGCGAUGCAAGAACACGGAGACGAGGCACCCGGUAAUCCACCAGAAAUACCUCCGAGACUUCGUACAAGAAGUAACAGUAAUUUGGAGCUAUGUUCGUCGCAGCAAGAUAUCGAACAAAUGGCUACUAACGACGGUGAAAUGGAUUUAUCGACCAGCUUAAGAGAGUAUCCAUGGUUCCAUGGAACUCUUCCUAGGUCGGAUGCAGCGCAGCUUGUCUUGCAUAGUGCCGCUAAUGGUCAUGGAGUAUUUCUCGUUCGUCAAAGUGAAACCAGAAAAGGAGAAUUUGUAUUAACUUUCAAUUUUCAAGGCAGGGCAAAGCAUUUACGCAUGACAUUAAAUGAUCAGGGUCACUGUCGAGUUCAGCAUCUUUGCUUUCCUGCCAUAUAUGAUAUGCUUGAACAUUUUCGUCAAAAUGCCAUACCUCUUGAAUCCGGUGGAACUGCAGAUGUAACCUUGACAGAGUUUGUCGUGGCAAAUCGUGCUACACGGUCAAAUCAUCACAACGUAACGGGAACAAACCAACAACAGUUACAAGAAAGAAGACCUCCAGCAGCCCCGGAGCCCAGAGAAGUAAGAGUCAGCAGUGGAAGUCUAACUCCUCUUGAGUGAACGCGAGUGGCCAACACCCACAGUCUGAAGUCUAAUCUACAGACAGUUUCAUUGGUUCCUUAGUAGUUCAUGUAGUGCCAUAUUCGGAUUAUUUUGUAAGUAUUCAAACACUAUUAUUUUUUUUGUUUAAAUUGUGAAUUGGUUUAUAUAAUUGAUACACCGUUCAUAUAUUGCCAAUGUUUCCUUUUUAUUCAUCUAUGACGCUAAAUGUUAAUUACUUAAUAAAUGAUGCAGUUUUACACAAAUAUGUUAUUCUUUUAAUAAGUAUUGACGUAUUCUCGAAUAUCAUCAAUUAUUCGGUUGAAAUUAUACAAUACUUUGCAUUUUAAUAUUCAAACAUAAUUUUAUACAUAUUAUGUUUUACUUUCUUUAUUAAUAAUUUAUUCUAAAAACAAAAACUGUAAUUCAUGUAUUUUCGUUUUCAAAUAAAUUUAUAUAAAUUUUUGCAUACUCAAAAUGUUAUUAUUCUGUAGAAAACAAUUAUUUUUUUAAUAUUUUUACCACUCUUUUAUUUUCGAAUAGUUUUACAUCAAGUGUAUGUACUCAUAAAUUUUAAAUCCGAAUGUGGAAACUUGAUAGAAUGUAAUCGAUAUUUGUGUAUAUGUAACUGGUAUUAUGGCAGGAGUAAUUGUUAAAAAUAUAACAUGCCUCAUGUCAAAUGUGUGACAACUCUUAGCAUUGAAGAACUUUUUGGAUAUUAUGAGAAACAAUGGUGCUCUACAAGUAUGACCGUGGGGCAAGGAGCUCGCUUUUGUAAAUAAAAUAUUCUUAAAAUUUCUGGUUUCCUCUAUUUAAUAACUCUAAUAUCAUUUUCUACUCUCCUAUUAAAGCAUCCAUCAACGUUUAAAUAAUACGAAUUAAUCGGGAAGGAGAUCAGCUCACUCAUUAUUGUUUAUUAUUAUUAUUUAAUCCAGAAAAUUUAAGAAAAAUUUCGGUUACUUUAAUCGACGAAAUUUUAAAUUAAUAAUC